GUGGGCUGUUGAUUUCAGCCCCCCUGCUCCCUCCCCUCUUGUCAGCACACAUUUCUCAAAUCAGUCCCCUUGACAAACACACGUCUUUACUGCUCUGCGACACUCCGCUACACUUGGCCAGCACUUCCAGGGUGGAUAUCCAGCAGCAUUUUACAUCCGACACACACUAAGUGAGAAUGUACACAGUUCCUUUGUUGACUGUCGACCGUACCAGCACUGACCAAAGCUGCUUGUCUGUCGCUCUCCACCCUAUCGGUUUAGGAUGUUUUGUGGCUAGUGCUUCUGGGUAAUGCUCUUUCGCGUCUUCUUGUCUUGACAUCGGUAUUCCUGCUGAAGGAGCACCAAUGGGACACAAGCAGUCCAAGGAAGAGGAGAUGAAGAGGCAGGCGAGGAAGAGUGCCGGCCGGGAGGACAGCUUGACGUCGGCAGAGCGGAUCCGCAACCACGCGUACAAACAGUGGGGCUACAGCAUACUGAGCCUGGCCCGCCGCGGCCUCAAGGAACCCCCCAAGGAACUGUGGGAGCUGACGGAGCUCGAGAAGCUCAACCUGUCGUUGAACUGCCUGCGGGCUCUGCCCCCCGCCCUCAGCAUCCUCAGCAACCUGGUGGUCCUCAACCUGUGGGGGAACCAGCUGACCAGCCUGCCCCCAGAGAUCGGCCAGCUCAGACACCUCCGCGUUCUGUUCUGCUACCGCAACCAACUGACCGAGGUUCCAGAGGAGCUGGGCAACUGCACCAGGCUGGAGGUCCUCAGCCUGGCCAACAACGAGAUAUCUGGCCUCCCUGCCUCCUGCGCCAACCUGACCUGCCUGAGGAAGCUCAAUCUCAGCCACAACAAAAUUGUUCACAUCCCCGGCUGCGUUUACACCAUGAAGAGACUCGUAUUCCUCCACCUGGCCUGCAACAGGCUGGAGUGCAUCGCCGAGAGCAUCGCGGCACUGGUGGAGCUCAAGAUCCUCAUCGUGGAGGGGAACGAGAUCCACUCGCUGCCCAAGAUGAUCUGCUGCCUGACGCGGCUGGAGCUGCUCAACGUGGACUUCAACGACAUCCAGAACGUGCCCCAGGAGAUGCACCAGCUCAGCAGGCUGGAGAAGCUGGCCUACCACCCUCUGGAUAAGGGACUCCACAUCAUGCAGAACCCCUUGCAGAAGCAAAUCAAAGAGGUGCUGGAAGGAGGCCUCAUCGCCCUCUUUAAUUAUCUGAAAUCUAAUUAAGACUCCUCCACAGAAUUUCUUCUGGGGACCCAUUGUUGUUCUCCAUGAAGGAACUAAAUGUACAUCCAUUGUUGUUGCUCAUGAGGAGGAUGCGAUUUUGGAGUGAUCCUCAACAUGCACGAGAAAAGUAUGAGAAAAAGCUAAGAUUGUUGUUUUUUAAAUUUACAAUACAUAACAAGAUGAUGCAACUGUGAUUUUGUAAAAAAUGAUUAGGCUACUAACUGAAUGACAGUAGUCAUGAUGCAUAUGUAGAGUUGUACCUAACCACUCUAUUUGUGUUUAACAUAAUUGAGACACGUAUGUCAUUAUAAACUUCUGAAAGCAAUGCUCAGUGGGGCUAAACACAUUGCAUGGAAAUAGACUUGGACUGUUGGGAGGAAAUCAUCCAACGUAUAGCAAGGCUCUGCUGUCAGGAUCCUCACAUUCUGUACCAGAGGUGAUCUAGAGAAGAGGCCAUGUUUCAGGGGGGAGCCUUGGCAUGUCUCUAACACGAGUUGACCUCCGACCUCUCAUUCAAUUACAACCGCUCUUAGUCUUGGAGCAGGUCGUCGGGAUCAAGAUCAGGAGGCUUCCAUUACAUCAACAGAAAGUCCAGCCUUGAGACCAGCCGUGUUUGCUGCUGUAGUUACCUACCCAACACCUUUAAAGAACAACAAGCAAAUUCUGUUGCCAGUCCCCAACGAUCAGAUGCUAUAAUGCAGACAGUCAAUGGACCUACAGUCUUAAUCAUGCCUAUUUGAGUUGGAAUAGCAUUUAAGUUUGUUUGCCACACAUGCUGAAUGUAGUACCUCAUUGCACCUGAAUGUAGCAUUUCAAAAACCAAACGGGUUAUGUGUACAUGUCAGCUGGUGUUGUUUAUUCUGUAAAGUUGCCCAUUUUAAUAUGUCAUCUUAUUAUGCAGGAUUACCUAUUGCUGUGUUUUGUUUGAGGGGCAAAUGCUCUCAUUACAAUUUUAUUGACCUGUUCUUAAGUCAGUAUAAACUGAGGUCUAAAUAAAUAUUAGAUAUUUAUCCCCCCAAAAAACUAUGCCUCAAAUAUUUCCUGUGAACUCGUAACUCUUACAGAACACAAAUUAUUAAAUCAGUCAAGAUUCUGUGUGAUUGGUGGUUCAUGUCACAGUUCAUUGUCCAGGUCAAAGGUCAUGAGAAACAAGAUCUGCGGGUAUCAGAAUAGGAUUCUGCUCUGAAAUAUUCAGAGCAGAACAUUAUCCUGAAUAUAAACCAUCAACUUAGUGAAAACCAUUGGUGUUUAAUAUGAGGGUUUCAGCAUUUAUUUUACGAUGUCAAUAUGUAUUUGUUGUCAAUGUUUUGGUGUCAAACUAGUGGCAGUUGUGAAAAAAGUCAAUAGUUGGAAGAGUUGCCGAGGUAAUUGAAAAGAAUGCCGUUGUUGAUUAGCUUUUUUCAUUAAUUAGGCUAUUUUCUCUUAAACCAUAUGGCCUGUCUACUAGAAACUAAUGGACAAUAUGGACACAGAUAUAAAACAUCUCUACUAUUUC